AUGUCAUUUAACACCUUCGCUGAUUCUCUCAACAAGCGUUUCCAAGAACUAUCGACUCAGGUUUCUCAAAGGGCACAAGAUGCUCAGUUAGACAAGAAAUUAAGAGACAUUUCUUCCGCCGUUUCUCAAAGAACACAGGACUUCACGACUCAGCUACCUUCUCUGGCGCAAUCCACGCAACGCAUGGUUCAAGAAAGGCUAGGGCAAGUUACCGAUAUCUCUCAAUUACCUCAGGAAUAUAUUGAACUGGAGCACCGCAUUGACCGCAUCAAAUUGGUGUACGAGAAUUUCCUCAAAGUGACCCAGGUGUACGAAAAUGAAAGCUACGACUAUCCAAACAACGUUAGAGAUUCGGUUAACGAGUUUUCAGCGGUGGUUGGCGGGAAAUUGCACGAUUUGUCGCGCGCCACGUCCACUGGGGAGGCUCAAUCGGUAUUGAUUUCCCCAGGCCCCCACAGAGAUCCCAAGACUUUGAAUUACGCGCUUAGCAAGGCUGCUUUGACCUCUAGUGAGUAUCUAAGCAAGUCGGGUGGUUCCGAGGAACCUGAUGUGUCAUCCACUUUGCUCAAAUACAGCGAUGUUCAAGCUAAGAUUGCCCAAGCCAGGUUACAACAAGACACUUUGAUUCAAACCAAGUUCAACAAGAAAUUGAGAGACACUCUUGCCAAUGAACUCAACGACGCACACUUGGCUCGCAAGAAUGUCGAGCAAAAAAGAUUGCAAUAUGACAUCGCCCGUGCUAACUUGGCUAGUGCCAAGCCUGAAAAGGAGGCCUCGUUCAGAGUACAGAUGGAAUCUCUGGAAGACGAGUUUGCUCAGGCUACUGAUGACGCCGUGGUUAAAAUGCAAAAAGUGACCGAAUCGUCUGAGCUCUUGAAAGAUCUCCGUGAACUGGUUUCAGCUCAAGCCGAAUACUACAAACAAUCUUCAGAACUUCUUUCUGAAUUCUUGCCCCAACUUGAAACUGUUUAA